AUGGUCCUUGUUUUGGUCUGCCUGACCAAUCGGACGCAGAGUCUGGAUUCUACGGAAGCCAGGAUGGGCCCUUCGUGGCGGCAACAGGACUCCCCCCUGCCGACCAUAACGCAUUGCGGAGGGUGUACCACCUGGUCCUCCUGCGGCUUUAACGCCUCUGACAUGGAAACACCAUUACAGUUCCAGACGGGCUUCUGCUCCGAACAGCAGCACGGCCAGGACAAGCGGAGUCUUCUCCAGCAGCCACAGCAGCAGCAGGAGAGCCCAUGCCUCCAGUGCAACAACUGCACCUACUUUGGGUCCGCUGCGACAGCAGAGGGGGAUAACGUGCCCUCGCUGCUCCCUACUUCUUUGCCCUUCUCGGGUGCCUUCAGGACUCACUCCUCUCCGCUUUCUAUUUCCGCCUCCUCCCGGCAGGACAGCCAGUUGAACGUCAGUGAGCUCACCCCCUCCAGCCAUGCCGGCUCGUCCAGGCAGCUCCACCAGUACCACCAGUGCCAUAGCCUGCAGCAUCAGCAAGCAGCCAGUCCUAGCAGCAGUGUCAGCAGCGGCAGCACUCACCAUCGCCACUAUCAGCAGCGUCGGGAGAGCAAUCCCUUCGCCGAAAUAGCCAUGAGCAGCUGCAGGUACAAUGGCGGCAUCAUGCGGCCGCUCAGCAACCCGAACUCAUCCCGCAGGAACCUGCACGAGCUUGACUUCGAGUCUCAGCCGCUCCAGCCGCCGCUCGCCAGCCCUAUAGCCGCUGCCCCUGAGAUCGUGGUCUCCAAGCCCGAGGAGCACAACUCCAACAACCUGGCGCUCUACGGCCCCGGCGGCACGAGCAACGGCGGGGCCAAGUCCAGCAAGAAGAACCAGAACAUCGGCUACAAGCUGGGGCACCGCCGGGCGCUCUUCGAGAAGCGCAAGCGCCUCAGCGACUACGCGCUCAUCUUCGGCAUGUUCGGCAUCGUAGUCAUGGUGAUCGAGACAGAGCUAUCCUGGGGCGCCUACACGAAGGACUCUCUGUAUUCCCUCGCUCUAAAAUGCCUUAUUAGUUUCUCCACUAUUAUCCUGCUUGGGCUCGUUAUAGUAUACCAUGCAAGGGAAAUUCAGGUAAUUUAUUCAUGGGUGGACAAUGGAGCAGAUGACUGGAGAAUAGCCAUGACUUAUGAGCGUAUUUUCUUUAUCUGCUUGGAAAUACUUGUAUGUGCUAUACAUCCCAUACCUGGGAACUAUACAUUCACAUGGACAGCCCGGCUUGCCUUUUCUUAUGCUCCAUCCACAACAACAGCUGAUGUGGAUAUUAUUUUAUCUAUACCAAUGUUCUUAAGGCUGUAUCUUAUUGCCAGAGUUAUGCUUUUGCAUAGCAAACUUUUCACUGAUGCAUCAUCUAGAAGCAUUGGAGUUAAUAAGAUAAACUUCAAUACCCGUUUUGUUAUGAAGACUUUAAUGACAAUAUGUCCAGGAACUGUACUGUUGGUUUUUAGUAUCUCAUUAUGGAUAAUUGCUGCAUGGACUGUCCGAGCUUGUGAAAGGUAA